CCCGAUUUACGCCCGGGCCAUUCUGGAACCAUCCACGGGGCGAGCGGAGUUCUCAUUCGUCCAGUGACAUUGAACUGAAAGUUCCGGUCUAGCCUACUGACAAACUAAAUCAACUGCACCCCAAAAGUGCGAAUACGGUUUUUUAUUAGCCAACCGAAUGGAUUGAUCUUCAGAAGCAAGUGUAACACUCUUGUCAACAUGUCCAAGUUUUGAAAUUGACCGUGCCCAGUGUAAGAGAGCGUCCCCCACCCCUAAAACCCACAUGUGUAUCAUCUUCUUCAAGUUCGACCCUCGGCCUGCAUCCAAAAAUGCCUACAGGCUAAUAUUGGCCGCAAACAGAGAUGAGUUCUACAACAGGCCAACCAAAGCUGCAGACUUUUGGGCGAGCAACAGCGAAAUCCUCAGUGGGCUGGACCUGGAGGAGGGGAAGGAAGGAGGAUCAUGGCUGGGGAUUAACAAGAGGGGCAAGCUGGCCGCACUGACCAAUUACCUGGAGGGAAGGCCCAAUCCAGACGCACAAGGAAGAGGGUUCCUGGUGUCCAAUUUCCUGGCAGAUCAGAGCCAGGACAGCUACUCCUACCUGAAGAGGGUGUCAUCUGAGGGACAUCUCUACAAUGGCUUCAACCUCCUCACCGCUGAGUUCAAGGCCAAAGAAGACACUGUGUGUUACUAUGGAAACAGGGGCAGUGCCGAACCCAUCCGUCUAAAUCCAGCAGGAAUCUAUGGUUUGAGUAACUCCCUGUUGGAGACCCCAUGGAGGAAACUGCAGCAUGGGAAGAGACUGUUUACCAGCGUAGUGAACCAGACACUGCCUUGUGACAGCCUGGUCCAUGAUCUGCUCAACGUCCUCAACAACGAGGAGCUGAACACUCCUGACCCAGCCCAGGAGAGCCAGGGUGAAGGGUACAGCAGCCCCAUGCUCCGGGCCCUGUCCUCUGUGUGUGUUCGCUCCCCGCAUUACGGCACCAGGACCAAUACCAUUAUCCUAAUAGACGCAUCAGGGAAUGUGACCUUCACAGAGCGCACCAUGCUCAACUGUGACGUCAGCCAAUGGAGCACAAGCUCUUUCCAGUUCAAAAUCCAGAACUGAAGACCGCUAAAUGGCUCUAUAUGGGAAUCACACUCUGUGCCUUUCUGCAUCCAACCUCUUCCCUAUCCCUCCUUCUUCCACAGCAAGCUCUGGCUUCACAAUAGUGAAAUGAACAUGAAGAUUGAUUUGCUAUUUAAAAUGGUGGUGGGAGAGAGUCAAAUUAUGGCACUUUUUUUCAGAGAGAUUGUUGCACUGUUCAUGGAAUUGUCUUUGGGGAAUACGUUUUAGCUUGACUUAGACGUGUGAAUUAAUUAAAUAAUACAUAAUGGGUGCUAUUCUUAUUUUGUUAAUUGGAUUCAAAUAUUAUUUUGAGGUGUGUGCUUAAGUGUAUUGCCAAAGAACAAAUGUAAUUUAAUAACCAAAGUAAAUGAUUUACAUUUAACAUUGCAUCUAUUUUCUCAACACUGGCUUUGUGGCUCAGUCUGCCUUCUACUAGCCAUGUUUGUUUGUAUCUUCAGUUGAAGUGUAAAAUGCUAACACUCUUAGAAGCAGCAGCAGCCAUCAAUAUCCUUCUAAAAUUCUGUAAUAAGAAUGACUGGUUUGGGUUCCUCAAGUCAGGUGUUUAACUUUUCUGUGACAGAAUUCUGAAGGCAAAUUGCAACAGCCUGCCUUGUAGAAUAGUAGUUAUCAUUGCCACAGAUUUUGACUUUGCGACCGAGGUUUGCUUGUUAAGUAAAACAGAGGAAAGCACUUAAAAUGUUUUUCAAAGUGGUAAUCAGUGUUUUUCUUUGUUUUCCUGCCUUGUUCCACAUACUGCAUAGGAGAGACAUUUCACAGCAAGGAAAACAAACUAAAAUGAUUAUUUUUGUCACUCACAUCUGCAGUGUUCGGGUUUCUGGUUCAAACACUUAUUCACAUUUGUGAGAGUUACAAUGGAGAUUGGCUGUUACAAAUUGUGUUGAUGUUCCGCCAAUGAUGAGGAUCCUUCAGUGGUUUUCUAAGUUUUAUGUUACUGACCUCCGGUAUCCGUAGAAGUUCAGAAACCUCUGUUUACCACAUCACUGGUGUCUUGAUAUACAUUGUGAAUAUAGUACUUUUAAUCUGUAUUUAUAUAAACAUUUUCUGUGUUUGCAGAACACGGGAGUUGCUAUAGAACUCCAGCAAAAAAUGGCUAGCUGUAUGUUGCUUAUGAGUGCAUUUCACACAACUUUUAGAUUUUAAGGCUUUUAUGAAUGUUCUGCUUCAUACACUGCUCAAAAAAUAAAGGGAACACUAAAAUAACACAUC